UGAGCGUCUCCUCACUUUGCUGCAUCUGCGGCUGCCGUUAACAGGAUACACCAAGCGGUCAAACAACCGCAUUUACACAGCGACCUCCAGGAGAAAUAUGCUGUUUAAACAGUAACCUUUUCAACGGAAAUAACCGGCAAUAUUAUAAUACUCAAGAGCAGCUUUUCCCCAGUGGACCUUCCAGACCAGUGACAGUCCACCAUGUUGUCCAGGUUGAAGACAACCUGGUCUCUGAGGCCCUGUGUCUCUGUUUGCAGAUGGGCACACACCAAAGAUAAGGGCAAGCCCCUCAUGCUCAACCCGCGCACCAACAAAGGCAUGGCCUUCACUCUCCAGGAGCGACAGAUGUUGGGGAUACAUGGUCUGCUGCCUCCCAAAGUGGAGACUCAGGACAUUCAGGCCAUGCGCUUUCAGAAUAAUCUCAAGAACAUGACUGAUCCCCUGCAGAAGUACAUCUACUUGAUGGGCAUCCAGGAAAGGAAUGAGAGGCUUUUCUACAGGGUGCUGAUGGAAGACAUCGAGGAACUGAUGCCAAUAGUUUACACUCCCACUGUAGGCCUGGCCUGCACACAUUAUGGACACAUCUUCAGAAGACCCAAAGGUUUGUUUAUCUCCAUUCGGGACAAAGGACACAUUCGUUCCAUCCUAGACAAUUGGCCAGAGACUGAUGUUGCAGCGGUAGUGGUUACUGAUGGAGAGCGUAUUUUAGGACUAGGGGACCUGGGUGUUUAUGGAAUGGGCAUCCCAGUUGGAAAACUCUGUCUGUACACAGCCUGCGCCGGCAUUAGACCUGAGAGAUGUCUGCCUGUGGCCAUAGACGUUGGCACCAACAAUGAGACUCUCCUCAAAGACCCGCUGUACAUGGGCCUGUACCAGGAGCGAGAUAAUUCUCAGGUCUACGAUGAUCUGAUUGAUGAGUUCAUGGAAGCUGUGGUGGACAAAUACGGGCAGGGCACACUCAUCCAGUUUGAAGACUUUGGGAACCACAAUGCCUUCCGCUUCCUCAGGAAGUACAGGGAGAAGUACUGCACCUUCAACGACGAUAUCCAAGGCACUGCAGCUGUAGCCCUUGCUGGUCUGUUGGCAGCUCAGAGAGCCAUUGGCAAACCCAUCACUGAACAUCGGGUGCUUUUCUUGGGAGCUGGAGAGGCUGCGCUUGGUAUUGCCAAUCUGAUCGUCAUGGCGAUGAUGGAGAAGGGAGUGUCCCAAGCUGAGGCCAGAAAUAAGAUCUGGAUGUUCGAUAAACAUGGCUUACUUGUAAAGGGCCGACAGGAGGAGACGGACUCUAACCAGGAGGCGUUUGUCCAUGACAGUCCAGGGUCCGUGCAGAGCUUCCUGGAUGCCGUCAACACCAUCAAACCCACAGCUAUUAUUGGUGUUUCCGGAGCUGGACGUCUGUUCACUCCCGAUGUCCUCAAAGCCAUGGGAACUAUGAACGACCGACCAAUCAUCUUUGCCCUGAGUAACCCCACCACUAAAGCAGAGUGCACAGCAGAGGACGCCUACACACUAACUGAUGGCAGAUGUCUUUUUGCUAGUGGCAGUCCUUUCGGUCCAGUGACUCUGAGCGAUGGGCGCGUCAUCACUCCUGGACAAGGGAACAACGCUUACAUCUUCCCAGGUGUGGCCUUGGCUGUGAUCCUGAGUGGAGUGAGACACAUCAGUGACACCGUGUUCCUAGAGGCUGCCAAGACCCUUGCAGAGCAGCUGACCGAUGAAGAGCUGGCAGAAGGCAGACUCUAUCCUCCGCUCUCCAACAUCAGAGAGGUCUCUAUCCAGAUGGCUGUCAAGGUGGUGGAGUUUGUCUAUGCUAAAGGCAUGGCGUUUCGCUACCCUGAGCCUGUGGACAAGGAGAGCUUUGUACGGGCUACUGUGUGGGACACCCACUACGACUCCUUCCUGCCAGACACUUACGAAUGGCCAGGUGUCAGCUACAGCCCCAAGACUGACGAGAAAUAGACCAAACCCUCACCUUCGUUUUCCACUUCACUCUUCAUCGCAGGUCUUAUGAGAGGAUCAUGAUUAUCUUAGUGCAAAAAUCUGUUUAUUAAAACAGAUAGUAGUAAGUAGUGCUACCAUGUCACUGCAUGCGCACUAAAUCAUUCUGAUUAGAUCUGUGAAAAAGGUAUAGUGGAAAGUGACAUUUGAAAGAACAAAUUUAAACAGAAAUUGACAAUUUAACUUAGAAUCCUAAUUAUUUAUCACCUCUACAGUACAUCCCAUGUAACCAGCACAUGAAGGGCCACCUGGUGGUAGGAAAAGGCAGAGUGGAAAUCUGCUUUAAUUGUUGAAACCUCAGAAAAGAUUUGAAUUAUCAAUACUCAGUUUUACAACAAAAAUAACUGAAAUAACUCUAAAUUAAGUAUAUUACAGUAAAUUAUAAAGAAACAUUCUGUGGUUGUAAUACACUCUUGCAAACAGGAACCAAAACACCAAAUGCUAUACUCCGCCUAAGCUCAAGAUGGCUUUUACAAGAUACUAGAAAUGACUCCAUGAUCUGUUUUGUGUUUCUUCUCAGUCAUUUAUAUCCUGAAACAGAGUUACCCUAUUGUUGGAAUAAACAAUAAACAAUAUUAUUAUCUUUACCCAUUUGAAAGGUACACUCCAUAUUUCAUUUAAAGAUGAGUCUUAUUUGAGGCAGAGAAGUUGUUGUUGAACUUCUGACACGGGUUGGUCUUGGGUGAGCACUACCCACUACUAUGACUAUUCGGCUACCUAAAUAUAGCUACAAUUAGUGCACACAUUAGCAUAAAGUACAAAAGUUGCCUUUUUCGAUGGAUUGAGCUCUUCAAUGAUCUAACAUUGCUCAGUGUUAGAUAUAUGUUUACAAAAUUCCUUCUUAACCCAUGUAUAAACACGCUUAACAUUCAUGGCUUUGUGUGGAAACAAGUAGAGACGGAGGGGAAACAAACAAUGAGAUAUUAUGAAGACAGCCAAGGAACCAAUGUCCACUCCAGCAUGUCAUGUGUUUGAAUGCUUUUGUCAAAUUGUAUUUAUUUCUCUGAAUUUAUUUAAUUUAAUUUUCAAGGGAUGUUUUAAGAUGUGCUGUAUAUUAAUUAGAAACCCUUACAUCAACACUCCUUUAAUGAAUUGUGCUUAGAAGCAUCUAUCCCUAAAAAUCAACGCUUUGCUUAACUGUGAUAUACAAUUUCAAUAUAACUAUCCCUAAAUGUUUAAGUGAACAAUUUGCAGUAUUAAAUAAUUGGAUACACAGUAUUUUCCCUUAAAAUAUAUUUUGUGUACCGUACAGAAAUGUUUGUGACUGUGUACUGAAGGCAAAUUUACAAAGUUCCACACAUUUAUUAAAUUAUUAGAACCAUUUUAACCUCAGCAAGUGUUUGCUCUUAUCCAGCUGUUGUUACUGACUGUAAUCGUCCAGUAUGAAUUUGUAUGUUUCGUGGUUGUUUUUCCUCAUGCAAGUCGUGUCGUCCCCAUAAUAAAAAUGUAAUCGCUUUUUCCAUGUAGUUUGUGCACUUAUAUGGUGAUGUGUCCUUCAAGUCUGUGUUUCUGAAGAUUAUUUUUGUUACAAAAUACUAUUGCCUUAGCAUUUGUACGCAGAGAGAAUAUGUGCAGAAUAAACAGUUUUAAAACGUGA